AUGCAAAUAGUCGGAAAGCUGUGCCAACUUUCUGCGCGAGCUGCUACAAUGAGUUCAACUGAUGACAACAUAGAGGAAGACAAGAUAAAAAAACGCAAACUCUUCGGUUCCGAUCUACCGCAUGGAGUGCGUGAUGCGAAGGAUGCAAAAUAUGUUGCAGAGAUGUUAUUAACUGGUGAAAGAAAACUAGUUUUUGAUGCCCUGAGGAAAAAGAGUGCGCUGAGCACUUCAGUGGCUGAUCAAUAUCUGGAGCACAAACGACUAGGAAAUGCUGAAAUUCAUCCCGAUGACCUUGUCAAAAUAUGGUAG